GCGGCUGUUGGCAACGAAGUCGCACCUUUUUCAAGGCGAGCAGCCAAAAGCUUGCUUGGUCCUCGUGUUUUUUUUCAAAUUUUUGAAUUGGAUUUUUUUUUUUGCUUCCUUUUUGCAAUUGCAUGGAAAGCGGAAGGAGCCGCCCGAGAGACACGCCGAGAGAGAAAAUUGUGGAAUUUUGCAGGCAGUUUGGUGGCUGAGGAGAGGGCAGAAAGGAACAAAAGCGGCGAAGGCGGGGAGAAAGCGAGGGCUGCGCCCGCGCCUUUCACACGUCAGCCGGAGCAACAGGAUCGCCCGGAGCUGCCAUGCUUGCUUCCGGAAUCCAGGCAUUACAGCUGUUAUAGAUGCUGAAAUUUGGGACGUGUCGUGCCGACUGGGACGGGACCAGGGAUUGGACCCAGCUGCUGGCUGCUUCGAGGGCUCCAUGAUGCCCAGCCUCCCGCGGAACUGACUGACUGGCAGGGGAAGGCGCUCCUUUGUUGCGGUGACAGGCCCGUGGCCGUGCCACCAGGUUGGUGCCCCUUUUCUUCUGAGACAAGCCCAGCCAGCCGAUCAAAAUAGAGUCCCUCAAGGUGAAGGUCGACUUCCUGAAGGUGCCGCUCGGCCUGAAGAAGCCCACGCUGAAGGAGGCCGCGGCUGCCUUGGCUGCUGCCCCGGGACCUGGGAGACCAAAGCCAGCCAACGUGGACCGCUAUAAGGCUCGGCGAUCCGACAACAUGGACAACGAGUCGCAGUAUUCCGGGUACUCCUACAAGUCUGGGCACUCGCGCAGCUCUCGGAAGCACAGGGAGCGGCGGGAGCGGCACCGAUCCAAGAGCCGAGACGGGAGCCGAGGGGACAAGUCUGUCACCAUCCAGGCGCCUGGAGAGCCCCUCUUGGACAACGAGUCGACUCGCGGUGACGAGAGGGACGACAACUGGGGCGAGACCACCACGGUGGUGACGGGCACGUCCGAGCACAGCCUCUCGCACGAUGACAUCACGCGCAUCACCAAGGACAUGGAGGAGAGCGCCCACCUGGACUGCUCCCGGCACCUGGGCGUCCUGCUGGGGGGCGCGCUGGCCCUGCUCUCCUUCCUCACCCCGCUGGCCUUCAUGCUGCUGCCCCAGCUGCUGUGGGGGGAGCGGAUGGACCCGUGCGGGACGCCCUGUGAGGGGCUCUUCAUCUCAGUGGCCUUCAAGCUGCUCAUUCUGCUGCUGGGCAGCUGGGCCCUCUUCUUCCGCCGGCCCAAGGCCUUCCUGCCCCGCAUCUUCGUCUUCCGGGCCCUCCUCAUGGUGCUGCUCUUCCUCCUGGUGGUCUCCUACUGGCUCUUCUACGGCGUCCGCAUCCUGGACUCGCGCGACACCAACUACCAGGGCAUCGUGCAGUACGCCGUCUCCCUGGUGGACGCCCUGCUCUUCGUCCACUACCUGGCCGUGGUGCUGCUCGAACUGCGGCAGCUGCAGCCCCACUUCACCCUCAAGGUGGUGCGCUCCACCGACGGGGCCAGCCGCUUCUACAACGUUGGCCACCUCAGCAUCCAGCGUGUUGCGGUGUGGAUCCUGGAGAACUAUUACCACGACUUCCCAGUCUACAACCCUGCCCUCCUCAGCCUGCCAAAGUCGGUCCUGUCCAAGAAGAUGUCCGGGUUCAAGGUGUACUCGCUCGGCGAAGAGAACACAACCAACAACUCCACCAGCCAGUCCCGCGCUGUGAUCGCCGCAGCUGCCCGGAGGCGGGACAACAGCCACAAUGAGUAUUACUACGAGGAGGCCGAGCACGAGCGCCGGGUGCGCAAGCGGAGGGCCAGGCUGGUGGUGGCCGUGGAGGAGGCCUUCACGCACAUCAAGCGGCUCCAGGAGGAGGACCAGAAAAACCCGCGGGAGAUCAUGGACCCGCGAGAAGCCGCCCAGGCCAUCUUCGCCUCCAUGGCGCGGGCCAUGCAGAAGUACCUGCGCACCACCAAGCAGCAGCCGUACCACACGAUGGAGAGCAUCCUGCAGCACCUGGAGUUCUGCAUCACCCACGACAUGACGCCCAAGGCCUUCCUCGAGCGCUACCUGACCGCCGGGCCCACCAUCCAGUAUCACAAGGACCGCUGGCUGGCCAAGCAGUGGACGUUGGUCAGCGAGGAGCCCGUGACCAACGGCUUGAAGGACGGGGUGGUCUUUGUCCUGAAGCGCCACGACUUCAGUCUGGUCGUGAGCACCAAGAAGAUCCCCUUCUUCAAGCUCUCGGAGGAGUUUGUGGACCCCAAGUCGCACAAGUUUGUGAUGCGGCUUCAGUCAGAGACCUCCGUGUGAGGUGGCGCAGAGGGGAGGGCUUCACUGCGAGGGAACGGCCGCCUGUGCGGCGGAGCGGCCUGGCGCACGAAAUCCGCCUCUCCGGGGUUGGGCGAGGCUGCCAAGCCCGGCGAGGGCCUGCCUGGCGCUCUCGUUUCUGUCUGUGUGUCUUCAGAGGUCAGCGUUGGCCGCUUGGCCCGCUCCGUUCCGCUCGCAAGUUCUUCACAGUGCCAUCUGACGAGGGGGGGCUUCCUUUCCUGUGCCUCCCAGUUUCCAUGCAGUCCAGUCCCAGUUCUGUUACACCCUCCAGGCGCUCAGGAGGUUUGCAGAGGGCGGGGUGGGGUAUCUGCUGUCCUCCCCACCCCAGGGAUCCAGUUGAAAGUUUUGGUGCCAAAUCCUAAGGGCUAGUUCCGUUCACUGUCUUCACCAGCAUCUCCAAACACAGUUGGGGUUGAGGGACCUUUCUGAAUGUCCUUUUUGGAAAAAGAAAAAACAACCACCUGCAAACCAGCUAACCUCACAGUUCUGGCCUUUGACACGCCAUCCCGAUGCUGUUGGUCUCUCUCCAUCUCUGAGCUCCGACACAACUUGCACAAGACUUUGUGGAGCAUUACGAAAGAGGAAUGCCUAUUGGUGGUAGGCGGUGGCUGCUAUGUUUUAAAAACUUUCCAUCCCUGCGUAUGUAGCACAUGCAGAACUAAGCCAGCGGGGCCUCCCGUUUUAGCAAGUCCGGUACACAAACAUCCUGUUCCAAUUUUUUCUGGUGUCUUUGUCCAGCUCACCUUUGUAAACACACACAAAGAUACACGUGGGAAGUUUUUUUGGUAAAUUUUUAAAAUGGUGACUUUUAAGAUACCAAUUCCUGUACUUUUUAAGAAAUCCCGUGUGUUGUAAAUAGUUGCUCCUUGACUUCGCUGUGGUUUGAGCCUUGCAUUGACUUGAAUGCUGUAGCGUUCUAGAAGACUUUGGUGUGAAAUAGGAAACGGCCCCUUUCUGGAGCCCGGCUUUGCCGGGAUGUCUUUUCUGCAAGCCCCCUUGGAAAUGAGUGGGAGCUGCCCAAGACGGACGGCACGCCCGCUCGUUUUCGUGGGGCCUUUGCAGGGGAACUGCCUUCUCAGUGGGAGUGGGGGGCAUUGGUGGAGGCCCUUGGAGCCCCCCCAGAAACAGCCACCAGCGACAGAGCUCUGGAAUUCCCUUCCUCUCUCUCCUGGCUUGUCUCAGAGCUUUGCCAUCUCGGGUUUUUUUUAAAACCCGAGAUGGGCUUGGAGAAUUUGGUCCUGUGUAAGAGUCGGGUAACUGAAGGCCUUCCCUUGUUGUGGGAAGCUGUCCCUCUUGAACAGCUCUGGAAAGAAGAAAGCCUGCUGCCCGCCCGUGGUCAGCCGCACUGGCCGCCCUCCCCUCGACUGGGAAGGAGCCUCGAGUCUCUGUGAGUUCCACCAGCACCCAGGGCCCUUGGGAGGCGCCGGCGCUGAUCGGCCGGCUUCCCCGACUGACGGAGGUGCAAGUCUUGUUGGCCCUUCAGUGCCCCAUGAGUGGGUUUUCCCUCCUCUGCCACUGCUCCUGGAGUACCCUGGGCAUGUUCCUGCCGGGGUUCUUUCUGCGGCCGUGCUGCAAUUUCACGUUAUCUAAUUGUGUUUAAAUGCUACCUUAAACAACAAAACAGGGGAAUGCUUGGGUCACUCUCGAGCUGGCGGGCGGGUGCUGGAGCUGCUUCGGGACGGACGGGGCCUUCUCCUGGGAUCGGUUCUGCUUUAGGCGUUGGAGCAAGGAUGCCGGGUUGCACCACUGUGACUUUCACGAUUCUGUUUUACACUUUACAUUUGAUUGUUUAAAAUUUAUUUUUAAUACUCGGGGCCUGACCUAGUGACAGUGAAGCACUUUUAAAAUUCCCCGGCGUGAUUUCAUGCGGGACGUGUGGCGAGGGGCACCUUGAGAGGCCGGAGGCCGUCACUCGAAACUGAAAGGGGCGGCGAAAGUGCAGCUGCGACCGGCGGGCUCGCCUGGGCGGACAGCGGGGAGCCUCUGCAGCGCGGUCCCUGCCGUAACGCCUCCUGGGGCGGCAAGCAGCACCCACUGGGGCGGGCAAGCAAGCAGCGCAAUGGGGGGCCGUCUUGCCCGUGGCCGAAGCCAGCUGUGCCAGAGGACCCCCCCCCCCCAUUGACACAGCCCUGAGACACCUGUGGAAAGGGUGGGAAGCAUUCCCCUGGCUGGCCCCAGUGAAGCUGCCCAAUUUUAUGGCAGCACCCCCCCCGCCGCCAUUGCCUCCUUUCUCAUCUUCCACCCCAGGACUGCUCUUUUUCUCUCAGCUGCUCAGACACGAGUCCCCCCCCCCCCAUCGGCCCUGGCGGACACGAUGCCUGAGGCCUGUGAGGGCCGCUCGGUCGCGUGGAGAUGGCGCUGCAGCGAGGCGCCGCUGCCCGUGAGCCCCAGGGAGGGAGGCCUGCCCUGACCUUUGGGCGGCCGUGGAGCCGCGUGCACUGCGAGGGCCUCUUGGGCCACCCCAGCACGCGCUCCUCACGGCUGCGUGGCCACGUGGCCUUCCACAGCCGCUGGGGCCGUCCUGCGGGGAACGCGGGCAGCGCCGUGGAGCGCCCUCCGCGGCGUCUCCCUGGGAAGAACCCAGCCGGCACUCGAUCCGCCCUUCGUGCUCUGGCCCUGCCCUGCUGCUAGUCUGCGCCUUCCCUUGGUCCGUCCACACGGGUCCAGCUCUGGCCUUCCGAAUGUGACCUCACUGCCGUUCCACAUUAUCACAAAUACAACUCAGUUGGCUUUUAUCACAAGUGUGAUUUUUCAAGAGAAUUUAGCUUCACUGACACAAAACUCAUUUGAACAAAAAGUGUAGAAUAGAGACCUUGUUUCCCCACCCUCAAAAAACACACACACUGAAUCUAGGAAAAUAUUUUUGUUUUGGUUUUGUUCUUUAUUUUUAAGACAGAGUUGUAAACCUUGUGCAUGCGUGUAGAAAAUUGUAAAAUGUAAAUUGUUUUUUAAUAUAUAAUUUUUUUUACAGUUUGCAGUGGUACUAAGCAUUAUUGCAAUGUUAGUAAGGUUUUUUUCAUAAAUAUAGGAAGUAAAACUGUACAUUUUUAAAUAAAAUAAACCCUUUUUGGAUCUUCGGUA